AGUCAGCAGAGAGCAGAGGAGGAGGCUGAGGUUGGAGCCACCUGCGGGGGAAGACGGGUGCUAACAGGCCUGAGUUAAGACCCAUAUCUACGCGGGUGUUGAUGUAAAGGGAAUUUCACACCGGUAUGCCCUUUUUUGUCUGUUUCUCCUUGUUUCUGUUUGCCAGUUUCUUCGUCAACCGUAACCCGGGAGAGUUUUAGUUGGCUAAAAGAUGCUAGCUGAAGUUUAUACUUAUUUAACUCUAUGCUGCUAACAAACAGGAACUCUUUACUUAAAUGCGAAUUUAAGUAAAGGAUUUAACACUAAAAAAACAGGGGGAAAACCCUCGCAAAUGUACUGGUUUGUUGUGUAAACCUGUUUGUUUGUCUUUAGCAUACUUUCAUAUCUCCCAUUUCUGAUGAAUGGAAACCUAACCGGCUCCUACUGUCGUGUGCAUCCAGUAGAGGGCGCACUCUACAUCUUUAUUCUCGUCAUUUACACAGACUGUAUACUAUACUAUAUUAUAUAUUAUAUCAUACUAUACACAAAUAUACUAUACUAUAUUAUAUUAUAUAGUAUAUUAUAUAUACUGUACUUUUUUUUUGUAUAUUUUAUAUAUAUAUCAAUAAUCUAUAUAUCACAAUCUCUAGUCAUUUACACAGACCAGCCUUCACAUUGUGAACACCUUGGAAAUACCAUACGUCUUAUUUGUAUAAUUAAUUGUUGACAUGUUCAGACAGGUGUUAAUUACUCCUUCAAUUCAUUUUAUUUAUUCUUUAUUUAGUGUAAGUAUUUUCACAGUAUUUGUAGAAUGUGUACUGUGUUUCAUUGGUGCUGCCUCUGUUUAUUUUAAUUUCCCUCUGGCAUUAAUAAAGUGUCUAUCUAUCUAUCUAUCUAUCUAUCUAUCUAUCUAUCUAUCUAUCUUGUUGUAGUUGUUGUGAAAGUUGGUGAUGUACUGAAGUGCACUAACAACAACAACAACAACAACAACAAUAAUAAUAAUAAUAAUAAUAAUAAAAUGUAUUUAUCGAGUGCCUCUUUAAUAAUAAAUAUUAAGUGCGGUAAUCACCUGUUUCAUUAUGUCAAUAAAAACAGGAAAUUCAGAAGUUUAAUGAAAGAUGUUGGAUUGGAUUGAACUGCCUACUUUGUUUUAUUUGAGAUUGUGUUUGCUUUUAUCUUGUUGUUUUAUUUACUGUUUAUCUGUAAAGUGACCUUGAGUGUUAAGAACAGUGUUUAUAAUUGAAAAGUAUUAUUACUUCUUCUUUCCUUUUUUUGGUAGUUUUUGUUUUUCCUGAGAUAGUGUAGUACAGGCUGGCUGUUUCCAUUUCCUCAGAAACUAUAAACAGUGACAUAACCACCAAUUAUCAGACUCCCUACAGCCCUUUGACUUUGCAAGUACUGAUAGUAGCAAGCAGUGGAAGAAAUAACAGUAAAAAAAGAUUAGACAAGUGCUUACUGCUGACUGUUUUUAUAACCCUAUACCAAAUAUAAAGCACUGUUAACUGUGUUAUCCUCCUGAAAUCUGUUUUCACUGCUCUUUCUCAUUUGGUGUCAUCAGUGUUUCCAACCUGGAAUAAAACAGCAUCCCAUGAUAUUCAAUGGAUGACUCUUGGCUGCUAGAACCAUUUAAUGGUAAGUAUAAACUUUCAGGUUCAGGUUACUUUAUUAAUACCCGAAAGUAGAUUUGUUCUGCAGUGAAAUAAAGUGAUGACGUUCAUUUAUACAAGUUACAGUACAAAUAUAAAACAACCACAAAACAGAUCACAUGAUAAAAGCACCCCAAGGCUCCCCAGUCAGGACACACGAGAGGGAGGAAAACGGUAAUACGUAAAAAAAUGCAAAUAAAUAACCUAAAUAAACAACCUCUGGAUACAAACCAAGGUAAAAACAAAUUUAAAACCAACAUAAAUAAGUAAGUAAAUAAUACCUCCGCAGUACGUGCUAAUUGUGCAAAAUUACAUGCAAAAUCUCUACAACUUGAUCACUUCAGUAAUAGCAGCAGGAACAAAGCUGUUUCUGUAACGUUAAGUUCUGCAUUUGGGGACUAGAAACCUCCGUCCAGAGGGAAGAAGCUGGAAAUCCUUAUGUAAAGGGUGGGUUCAUUUAGAAUAGGGAAAGCUAUCCGCUGUAACUGUUUGGCGUACAGGGAUGCCGGAAAAAACUGUGACUCACCAAUCAGUCGAGAAGACCAUUUAACUAUGUGGUUUAAGGCAUUUCUCGCUUUCAAGGAUGUGUGACCAAACCAUGACACCAAGAAAAAUGAUAAAAUAGAUUCAAUAAAAGCACAAUAAAACAUGGAUGUUUCAAUUGAUAUCCUAAACUCUAAUCUAGCACAAUAAAUACUCAUAUUUAAAAUAUAUAUGUUUUUUUUUCUUCCCAGGUGAAACAGAUGAAAAUGGCAAUGCUACAGGAAGCAAAAGGAGGACAGGAAGAAGCUCAAAGAGCAAAAGUAGGGUAGCAACAGAUGGAAUAGGUGAAGGGCGUGGUGGUCAGGGUGUUUUUGGAGGAGGCACGGGAGGAGUGGAGAGACUAGGUGCAAGUGGAGAAGGCAGGCACAAGGCAGGUAGGCCGCAAGGGAGUAAUGAAGGAAGGGUGGCAGGUUAUCAAGAAGGAGGGACCAAACAGAAAGGAGGAGGAAGGACAGGUGGUCAGGGGGGAGGCGCCAAACCAAAAGGAGGAGGAGGAGGGACAGGUGGACAAGGGGGAGGGGCCAAACCAAAAGGAGCAGGAGGAGGGUCUGGUGGUCAAGGGGGAGGGGCCAAACCAAAAGGAGUAGGAGGAGGGACAGGUGGUCAAGGGGGAGGGGCCAAACCAAAAGGAGGAGCAGGAGGGACAGGUUAUCAAGGGGGAGGGGCCAGACAGAAAGAGGAAAAGAAAAGUAGUGGUGGUAAAGGGGGAGAAAAGUCACAGAGAGAUGGAGGCCGGUUCAGACAAAAUGGAGAGAGAGGUGAUUUUGGAAAAGACACAGGGAGAAGAUGGGGCCAGGGGCCUGGUGGAGGAAACAGACAUGAUAAAAACAGUGAAAGAGGUGGGGCACCACGAGGCAAUGGCCUGGGCUACAAAACACUGGAAGAACUCUCAGAAAAAGACCCAUCCGUCGUUGCCUUCACCCUGGCAUCCAAACCGGCUCUACAAGAGGUCCUGAACGAGACAAAGAUGAGACAGGACCUGAUCGAGCUCUUCUGCUUGGUCAUGAGUAAAGCCUUUAAAGCGAGGACAAACAGAGGUACCCUGCAGCACCUGGCCAACAUCAUUAAAGAUUCUUUGUUCCUCAGCACUGUCCUUCCUCACUAUCUGGUGGGUAUGGUCUCAGAGUCCAACCCUCAACGCAGGGAGCGAUACCCACUGCAUAUGGAAAAUAUCCUGGCCAUUGUGUCCGAGGUAAGCAGAGGAGGAAAGGAAAAAUAAACUUGAUGAAUAUACUUCAGCAAACAAAACACAAGUUUAGGUGACCAUUCAUAGAUAAACCUCUGAAAGCAUUUUUAAAAAAAGUUUUAUACCUAAUCACAUACUCAUGGCUGAAGAAACAACCGUCAGACUUCAGUUGUGAGAAAAGCACCUGCAGAUAUUGAGAUUGCAUAGCUCUAAAUCCUCAGUAGGUUCGUACUGAUUCUAUUUAGAAGUGUAAUUUUACCCAAAAGGUCCACCUACACCAAACUAAUAAGAAAAUAUUUUAAACACAGAAAUACAAAGCCCCCUUCUGUGAAAUUACACAAUAUCUCUGAGCUGGAAGCAAACAUAUUUUAGAGAUUUCAGAGUGCUCCUGAAGACAGUAUGAGAUUAAUAUUUUUCGCCUUUUGUGUGUUUUUUUGUCCUUUAAUUUCUGCUUAUUAGGUCCUCAACAUCUUCCCUGCCAGCUCACACCCCACAGUGAGUAUGUCAGUGACACUCAUCCAAACCUCCAUCCUCAACCUCAAGGCGUCAGGAGUUGACAUCCAGCCUCAAGUGGAGCAGAAAGUGGAGCGCCUCCAAGCCCUGAUUAAGCAUCUGCAGGAGAGGUCCUGUGAGGGAACCCUGCGCUCGGAUAGGGAUACCUAUGCCCUCCUUACCAACGGAGACGAUAACCCAGGUAAAAUUUUCACGAAUGUUUAGUUGAAAGCAAACCCCAUGUAGAAAUGUAAGAUAAGGACAUACAUGUCUAUAUAUCAGAAGUGAUGUUUCCAUAUAUGUUACUAUUAUAUACAUAAAUUUUCAGGAUAUAUAAAAAUGUAGGUUUAGAUCAUAUAAGAAAUACCUGUAUACAAUUUUUAUAUGGUAUUAUAUAUUGAAAUAGAAAUAAUCUGUAGCAUAUAAUGAUUUUCUUAUGAUAAUAACAUACUAAAUUUAUCAGUACGAGUAUGCAAAAUUACAUUUGUUAAAUUUAUAUAUGCUUUGUUCAUAUAUGUCAAAAAUAUGUCAUUUAUUUUUCUACACAUGUAUGAAAUUGUUCCAUUUUUUUGAUAGAUUUUACAUAAAGUUUGUCUGUACACGUACAUCUAUGUUUUUAACUUAUAUAUACCUAUUCUUUUCUAUAUAGGAAUGCAAUAUGUGUACACAUAUAUUACAUAUCUGUAUGGGAUAUCAUUACAAAGGUUUGUUGUUGCAAAUAAAUGCCUGGCCAAAGCGGUUUUGUGCCUCAGAGACUGAAAUUGUUGCUCCACAGAGAUCGGCACAGGUCAAUUUUUUGCAAGUUCAGGUCUCAAGUCUUUAGGGAGUCCAAAGCAAAUAUAGUAAGUCUCUUAGCAGCAAGUCUCUCAAGACUAAAAAUUAAAACUGUAUAGUUGCAGAAUGGAGGGCUCUGUUGGUUUAAAGAAUAUUGCCUGGUUUAUGUUGGGUGAUCAGGGGUUUAGACUGUAAAAAAAUACUCUGCGACACUGCAGUGUCACGAGUUACUAAACAUUCGAUCUUUUGUCUCCAAGAAGAAGAGGAUCUGGAAGAUUUCAGGACCAUACCCAUCUACCCGACUUUUGAGGAGCUCCAUAACGAUGAAAAGCCAGUUCUAAGACCUAACCUCACCUCCAAGCGCUACACAAACACCCACCUGUACCUCGACACACAUUUCCGCUUGCUGAGAGAGGACUUUGUAAGGCCGCUCCGUGAGGGGAUCCAGCGGAUCCUCUGGAACCGAAUAGACAAGGGAAUGAGUGAAACUGCGCUGAGGAAGGAGCAGUUUGAUGAUAUCAGGGUGUAUUUUGACACGAGGCUGGAGAAGCCAAAGUGCACACACUCUGGCAUUGCCUUUGAGGUCCGGUUUGAUGUGCAGCCACUUAAGGUGAACAGAGAUCUCUCAUUUAUUGACAAAACGGUAAAUGCAAAGACAUGUAUUCUCAACAGUCUACAUUUCUACCCGUACAGUUUGUGCGCUGGGAGAACACCAAAAGGCUGAUCUUCGGAUCCCUGGUCUGCUUGUCAUGUGACAACUUUGACACCUUCUUGUUCGCCACUGUGUCGGACCGUGACCCCAAGUACCUGCGUAAAGGACGGGUCCAGAUUUCCUUUACUGAAGAAAGCAGAUACAAUCUGUCCACAUUUAAGGUAGGUAGAGAGAAGUGUGCAAAAGUUAGUGUUUUUUUUGAUGUGAGUCAUUUCAUCUGCAAGGUUUACGUAAUUGACAGGGUAUUUGCUGCUUUCAAGCUUUAACAACCGUUUUGAAUACUUAGCUGCAGUGAUUCGUGGUUGACACAAUAUUAGAAACAUCUCCUGGCAUACUUUAAAUGGUGCAAAAAAUGACCAAAAUCACGUGUCCCUUCAGAAUAGCUGCGAAUGGUUUGAUAUGAAGAAGAUUUUAAGAAAAAAUACGUUUUCUGUUGCAGACGGGUCAGCCCUUCAUGAUGGUGGAGACAACAGCCUACUUUGAGGCUUAUCGGUAUGUUCUGGAGGGCCUGAAGGAGCAGGAGGAGGACAGCCUGCCCUUUCAGAGGUAGGAGUGUGUGUCUAUAUGUGAAAUUUCACUGCCAAGGUCACAGUUUUUAACAGUCCCAGUGCUCUUUGAAAAAGCAGUUCACAGUUAGAUCUUUCCAGAAAUGAGGGGGGAGAAGUAGAAUAAAAGAAGUUCACUGUUAAGACUUUUAAUUGGCAUAAGUUAAUUUUAUCAUCAGUCCUCUCAAAAAGCUACCACGCAUGGAUGAGUUCAUCUCGUGCCCUUUUAUAGAUAUCAUUCAGUCAUGUAUUUAUAUCAGACGCUUUGUCGGCCAUCUGUCUCCCAGACCUUCCUCUUGUGACUCCUCCAGACACCUGAUUUCUUUCAGAACUGCAUCAUGGGAGAUAUCCAUUAUACAGCACAGCUUUUUAUUAAAUCUGUCCUCAUUUAAAAUCGGUUUUUCAUCAUUUGAAAUGCUAAUUGUUGAGGUGCAAGUACGUAGUUGGCUUCGUCCCCUGAUGUCCACUUCCACUCUUGUUAAUCCUCAAAUACCCUGAGAUUCACCGGGGUAAUUCCCCUGCACUCCUAUUGUGCUCAUUGUCUUUCUCACUGUCAAAUUGAUGCUUCAAGGGAUAUUCCGGCGUAAAUUUAAGUCAUGGUCAAACACACCGCAACACCAACUUAGACACCCCCUUGAGAGAUGAAUGUUGCCGUCCGCUUGCUUCUCUAGUUAUACCAACUUCAGCAACGACCACAGGAUAGCAAUACACAGUGGUCUACGUCUCCACGCGCAAACCUCAACCAAAAAUCCACUCUAUAGCCACAAAUAAUGCAGCCACUUGUUUGUGGGGGAGCCCUGACGAAUCGAUUACAGAGUACAGCGGAGUUUCGCAGCUCAAGGAAGAACAUUUAUGAUUAUUACUUCAUGGAAAUGGAAUUAGACUGAGAUGCUAAGGCAGAAGAACUACCGCGUCUGCAGUGCUCAUAAAAGAUACACAAGAACUCUGAUUGCAUUUCCAUGAAGUAAUAAUCAUAAAUUGUCUGCUGCACUUGGUGAUCGACUCGUCAGGGCUCCCCCACAAACAAGCAGCUUCUGGAGGAGAGUGGGUUAAAAAGAUGUUUGGUGGCUAGUACUAUGGCUGGGACCCUAUAUGUCCUGUUGAUGAAGUUAGGUGCUGUUCUGAGCAUUAUUUGUGGCUAUAGAGUGGUGUUUUGGUUGAGGUUUGUUUAUGGCUCCUCAGACCGCUGUGUAUUGCUAUCGUGCGGUCGUUACUAAAGUUGGUAUAACUUGAGAAGCAAGCGGUCGGCAACAUUCAUCUCUCGAGGAGGUGUCUAACUCGGUGUUAUAGUGUGUUUGACCAUAACCUAAAUUUACACCGGAAUAUCCCUUUAAGAGAAGGUAAUUUGCCUCUUGGGGAAAAGUUCAGUUCAUUUGCAAAUAUACAAAUUUGCUCAAUUCACCACUAUUAUUCUUUCUUGGUCUGUUGUGGUAUUACUUUCAAUGGCUAGAUAAAAUAAGAGUCUUCUUCUAAGUUGAUGUAGUAUCUCGUAAACAUUUUCCAAUAAUCCUGACCUGCAAAUGUAACACACGGUCACCCUUAUGAAUAAAAGAGCUUCUGCAUGUCCGCUGCAUUGUGCUUAGCUGUAUUUAACUCACUGUGACCGAAGGCGACUUUCUUUUGAGACUGAAUUUACAGAGAAAAUCUUUCCUCCAGUCGACUCUGCAUGAUUUAAUCUUGUCUAAAAUGUUUCCAGGUACAUCGUUGAGUGCAGCUCAGAAUUGGAGCCUCCAGCUUAUCUGCGAAGAAACGACAUUUAUGACCUGAAAGACGUCGCUCACCCGAAACACAAGCGCACUAUUACUCCCUUUCACAGCCUGAAUCCACAGGUCUGGCCCAAGAUGGAGGAGCUGGGACUUGAUGAGUCUCAAAUGAAAGCCUUCCAGCUGGCCCUCACCAAGGAGCUGGCAAUCAUACAGGGACCUCCUGGCACUGGUACGACAUUGAAAAGACAUAGCAGGAAUGAUCGCUGUACUCAGUAGUUAAUAAAACGUGUUAAGUUGUUCAAGAUAAAAAUCCUAAGCAAUGCAGAGUUUAACUUUGUUUUUGUAAAAUUAAAAAACUGAAUAUUUGACCUUCAUAAAGUAACAGAACUCCCUCUAACUUGUCUGUUUUCGGCACAGUAAAUACGUUUAAAUUAUUUCCUCAGGGAAAACCUACGUUGGUCUUAAAAUAGCCCAGGCUCUGUUGACCAAUAAGGAUCUCUGGAGAGACCACUCAGCUCCAAUGUUGGUGGUGUGUUACACGAACCAUGCCCUGGAUCAGUUCUUGGAGGGUAAGCAGAAUUUAUGUCUGUAGGUUUUUAGGGAAACAAAAUGAACACGAUAUUUUACGUGAUUUUGGUAAUCAAAGGUCCAUGGAGGUGUGUUUGUCCACAUGCUGAAAUAUUUUCCUCCCCUCCCAAGGCAUUUACAAGUUUCAGAAAGAAGGCAUUGUGAGAGUAGGAGGCCGCAGCAGCAGUGAGAUCCUGAAGCGUUUCAAUCUCAGAGAGCUGACCAACUCCAAAACGGCCAAAGAAAAGAGGCCACAUCAGCUGCGUUUUGCACAGUAUGAGGUGAGAUUUUGCUGCUCAUCCUGCUGGAUUAUCUGUAAAAAUUCAUGUACUUCUUACUCCUACACAGGGUUCCCACACAUCCUAGAAAACCUGGAAAACAGCUGCUGAAGAAACUGCACGCUGUAGACAUCUCUGAUCACAAUAGGCAUCGCCAAGCAAGAAGACAAUUCAAACUUUUUUAAACCUUCAAAUACAGAGUGCGUCUCGUAUACCGGUGCAAUUUUUCCAGAGUUUACGGUAAUAUUACUGAUGACUUUUUAGCUUGCUCUGAAUCGCUCUCGUCUGUCUUUCUUGCUCACUAAGCUGCAGUCGCACGUCCAAGUCUGUGUUUCGCAAUGAGCCAAGCAAAAAUGAGAGUGAAAUACAACUACUUCAUACCUUAGAUAAACACCAAUUGAGAACAGUGAUUAUAAACUGCAGAUCAUAUUUUUUUUUGCUAUUUAGUUUUAUUUAGGUCAAUUUAUGUACUUUAAUUCAAUUUAUCCUCUGAUUGUAGGGAUGGGCAAUAAACUGAAAAUUUACUGAUACUGAAAUUUAUGACAAUCACCUACACCAUUUUGCCCAUAUUGGUAUAUUCGAUGUCAAAUGUCCCUUUAAGACGCUGUCCUACGUCUGAGACGUGACUCCACCCCAUCCAGUCUGAAACAAAGAGGGAAAGACAGGUGAGGAGAUGGAGGACGGUUCAAAGGGCGAAGUUAAUGUGGGAGGGGGUGAGCAGCUUGUGGAGUAGUUAUCGUUCAUUUAUCAUUAUCGAGGUGAACUGAUCAAUAUAUCGUGAUAUUGAUUUGAGGACAUAUCGCCCAGCCCUAACUGAUUGUUAUUAUUAUUUAUUUAAGUAAGACAGCUUCCAGAUUCCUAUACUGGCUUUUUUGGUUUUUACUUCGUAAAUUUUAAAUUUUUUUUAGAAAAGAGAAGGCUGAGAUGUUCGUUGUUACUUGGUUGCACUAAUAAAAGGAGGUGCUGUGCAUCUGUGGUUACAUUAUUCUAUAAUCCGUUUGCUGUGUUUUUUAAGAAUGUAAGAGAUGAUUUCAUAGAUCGCCAUAGACUGCACAUCUUUAAAUGUAGACUCCCACUGAGAGGAAAAUAGACUAUUUAGGAACUAUAUUUAGACUGUCAUACCAGCUUGAACAUCACUGAAAAUGUCCUGGAAAAUAAUCGCGAGAAAAAAGUGGGAGCCUUGCCUACGGUGGAGUGUUAAAGAUAUCUUCGAGGCAACUGAGAGUUUUUAGAGAUCCUUAAAAAUGUAUUUUUUUUUUCUAUUUAAAUUUUAUAAUUAUGUUUUUUUUAUUACAUUUUCAUUACUUUUUUUGUGUAGCACGGCUCAACUCUUCAUGCAUACUGGAAGUUUUUAUUUGUAAUGUCCCCGUCUCAAAGCUGGACUUUUGAUCUGCUCAUUAGAUUCACAAAGAGCUGGAAGAGGCGGAGGAGAACAUCAAGACUCAGGCUCUGAAGAUGGAGUGUUGUACGAAAGGCGUCCUGCGUGAAAGCUUGCUGCAGAAGUACAUUCCAUACAAGCACUGGACCAGACUGCAUCAACAACCCGUGAGUCCCACUAAAAUAAAUUAAAACAAAAAGAAGGAGUCCCAUUCAUGCGUCAAACAGGAGAAAUAAAAUAAUAGACUGAUUUCUUUUUUUUCUCUCUUUGUAAAUGAUUGUUUUACAGUUUUAUUACGAGGUUGAGAUGUGGGUCAGGAAGAAGUCCAGCCUGCUGAUGGAGUGGUUGGGUUUGGGUUCCAUUGUUUUCCAGCAGAGGGAGACAGAGUAUGUGAAUGGAUUUGAAGGUAAGGCUUUAUCUGCUCAUGUGGCUCCACUAAAAAACACUGAGCUCUGAGUUGUCCUCUAUGAACUUAUAUGGAUAAACUUUCAACUGGAGUUAAAAAUGUUAAUUAUAUCAAUAUCCAUUGGUUUCUUCUGGGACCAUGUGAGGAGGUUCUAAACAAAAAGCUGGAGAUCCUUUUUUGAAGUGCUGAUGACAGAAAGGCAUUCUUAAUUAGGCAGUAUCAUUCAGAAGUUGCACAAUGGGAGUGCAUGGAACUGCUACACCCAGAAUAUUAAGUCUUGGACCUGCAGACACUGUGGGGUCUUUUUCGCAGUGGGAAGUUGGACCUCCACUUGGAUCUGAGCUGUUGAAGAGCAAUGAAGCGAUCUCAGCAGCAAAAGUUGUUCAUUUUCAUCAAACUUUUCAAUGAAAAGAAAUUCACAAUUGUUGCAAAAUGCCUUUUGACAUUUAUAUUCAUGUCUGAUUAGUUAUUCUGAUCAGUAGAAUAUCAAAAACACACAAUUUUGAUCAUCUUUUGUGUGGGAUCUUUGGAUCUCAGCAAUAUUUUACAUAAUUUUACACUGAAAGAACUGGUGAACUUCUGAGGACUUACAGGAGAAACUUGAUACUAGCCGCCUUAAAAGAUCUGGGUAACACUUCAUUUGACGCCUAUCUCUAUAACACAUUAUAAAUAUAUGUAUAAUGCGUUCUAAUCACGUUAUAGCACUGUAUAACUAUAGUUAUACAGUGCUAUGACGUGAUUAUAACGCAUUAUACAUAUAUUUAUAAUACGUUAUAGAGAUAGGCAUCAAGUGAAGUGUUACCCAGAUGGGUAAUCACAAAAUUCUCAGUUUGACACGUAUGGAUUGAUUCUUAAAUUUGCAAUUUAUAAUAUAGGUCUAACUUCCCACUGUGCGCAUGCUCACGGGGCUCUGCUGUGUCUGCUGACGGGUACUCUUGUUGUCCACCUAAGGGGAUUGGGUCAAAAGGAAUUUCCUACCAAUUACUCAUUGAUUUCAAAAGCUGAUGAAGUACUGAAGAAAAACAAUCUGUAGUAAUCUUUAAAAAACUGUGAAAGUCUUCUUGGAUGUUUGUCGUGUAAAAACAUACUUACUCAUAUAAAACACGUUGAAUUCCAGAGUUUGUGAUCAUAUCAGAGCCAAAUAUUUCUCCUUAAAAAGGGAUUUAAAGUCUUCAGUCUCUCCCUCCAGCAAAAUUAUAACUUCAAAAGAUUCCCAAAAUACCUCGAACUGUUGCGUUUCUUAUGAAUUUUUUGAAUAUCUUAUGAAUCAAACUUUCUCAGAAGAUUAAUAUCAACCCAAUGAAACUUUAUGACAAGAAACAUCAAAGCUCAACAUUUUUGUAAUCUUUGAAAAUGUUUGUGAGAAAGAGGAUGUGCUGAAAUGGAAAAUGAAAGACAAGUCGGGCAUUUUAUCUAAUUUUAGUUGUGAUAUUGGUACAGAUCCAUGUUUCCCACCGAGAAAAGCCCAAUGGAAAGUGAGAGCUGCUUUUAAGACGAACCCUGUCAUUUUCUCUUGCAAGUCCAUUUCAGCAGUCUCCAAACUAGAGUAAAUGAACUUUUCAGAGCUGCCAGAGUCGAAACUCUGAGUAGCCCCAGCAAUGACAAAUCCUACAGUACCUACUUUGGACGCACCAUUUCAGUGAUUUAAGAGCCGAGGAGCCAUCAGUAUCUACGGUUAACCCUUGAAUGCACAGUGAAGUGGAGUAUCUCUACCCUCCCCUUUUUCUUCCAAAAUUGUAUGCACUCAAAAGGUAAAAAGGUUUAGUCCAAGAAAUAUUUUUCAUGUUGCUUCUCAAUACCAUGUGUUAGACGCAGCAUCAGAUGAAGCCAUGUUGUCCGAAGAGGAGGACCUCAUUCAGAUCAUAGAGGAAGCAGAUAUGAUCCUCGCCGAUCGCAUCAUCGAUGACGACUCCUGGUUCAGAGAUGACAGAGAAGGCCAAAAGAAGAAAGACCUGCAGAGGGAUCUCAGAGAGCUCGGAGAACAGAUGCUCGCUAUGAACCUGGGGGAAGCUGAAGUCCAAGCUGAGCAGAGUGAGAACAAAGAGCCUGAAUGGAAGGUAAUGUAACAGUUUGGCCUUAUUUAUCAAUCAAUACCCAAUUAUUUGGGCUUUUACUCAGGGUAAUAAUGAACCGAGGAGAGAAGACGAUACGAUAAUAAAUGUUACCUUAAAGACUCACUCCGACGAAAAUCAUGUUUUUUACUUGUUUUCUGAGUGUACAUAUGGCAUUUUUCUGAUGCUACAGGACAUACAGAGAAAACUAAGUGAGAAAUUGUAUUUCUGAGUAUUUAUGCAUUCAAAUCUCUGUGAAUCUCUUGCAGACCCAAAUGGCAGGCUCAGAUUAAAUGACAUUUCCUAUGUAGCAAAUCCAAGCUCCGCCCCCGGAGCCCCACUUUGCAGGCCAUAGUUAUUAACUUAUAUCAUGUCCCCAAAGACAUAAGUGUCCAAGAGCUGAAUAGCUCCUGUGUUACCUGCUACUUCUACUACACCAGCGAUGUUAGGUUGUAAGCUAGCGUGAAAAGGGGUGUGCAGAGCAGCGCUGUCUCUGCUAAUGAGCUACUGGAGCUCUGCAGAAAAAAAGCCCUUGAAAAUGACACAGGUACACAACAACUAAAAUCAUAAUAAUUAAAGAAUUUGUAACUUCCACGGUUAACAUCAAUUAUGUGUUUUCCUGUGCUCUUCAUCUCCCCUCCUUUGUUGGCUUCCUCCUUAAUUUCUUGGCACCUUACUGCCACCACCUGCCGGAUGGUGGAAUAGCCUGAAGCAGCUGGCAGCAUUGUGUCCAACAUCACCUGCUUUUAGUGCUGUGCACUAUUUAUAAAAACAUCUAUCCAAGGCUCUGAUAGUCCAUCUGUAAAGGAGAUGGUUAAGUGUAUGCUUAAAGGAAUGAUUUUUCAAAUAAAUAUACCUUUCAAUUUGGCAUGUCUCUCUAAAAUUUGUAGAGAAAAGCUGCUGGGGGUGAAAAAGGCUGCAAAAUACUCUGGAAAAUUGUGAAUGUCUUGACUGGGUUAUAUAUUGCUGUAUGAGAGGAAGGAAAAAACGUCAUGUACUUGCCCAUUAUGCCACAGAGUUCAUCUGAACGUGAAAGAGGUGCAAUUAACGGACAACCUUUUAGAUUCAUCAAUACGAAGAAAAGCUGGCAAACCCUCGUCUUCGUAUCAAACAGUUCAAAAGCUGACUUCUGCUGUAUAUGUGCAAAUGAAUGUGUCCAAUCAUAAAAGACUUAACUGUAUGACGGUGUUUAGUACUGUUCUCUGAUUGGCCAUCAUGUAGCAACAUUCCCUAGCAACAGUCUGUUAUUUCUCAGAAUCACACUGUGGCUUUACUUUGUGUAAAACUAUUUAUUCUUUAACUGAGUAGCGGUGUAAGUGGUAGAAUAAUGCGUGAAGAAACUUUUAGGUAAGCUUUGAACAUAUAUGCUCAACUUUAACUUACAAUGGGUUUUCAUAGUGAUACAGGAAAACAUGGAAACCUGUCAAACCACAGCAGUACGUGAUCCACUUCAAGAUAUUCCAAGAAGUCUGUUUAUUUGGCUGUGCUGCGCAUCAUUCUUGUUUAAAUAGCAAAAAACAAACACGUUCCUAGUCAAGUUAAGAUUUUAUACAGCUGACGAAAACAUUAAAAAAAUCAAAACUAAUCCUGUUCUGAUUGGUACAGAUCCAACCUAAAGAGAGGAAACGACUGAAGAACGUAAUGAAGGAAGAGCUGAAGAAGACCUCCACCAUGACUGAGGCUCAAGAGGCUGCAGUGAGGGACAUUUGGACCCUGAGCAUGCAGGACAGAUGGAGACUCUAUCGGUAGGUCUUAAUCCGUGGUGCACGUUUCAUUUCUUUGCUGACUAUACUUCUCUUUAAAUACUUGUUAUCAUCUCUAUUAAGUACCUGUCUGACAUGUCUGUCUUCCAUCGCUCCUUCCUCCUUUUCUCCUCCUCCUCUCUUCCCUUUUUUUUUCAUUCCCCAAGCAGCCUCAGUCUGGUAGAGGUACUGUAAUCCCAGUGUGUAUAAUUAAGUCAACUAAUCACCAGGAAAAUCUUUCCCAGAGGAUCUCCCCACCUCAGAGAGCCAAGAUGAAACUUGUAAUACUGCGAGGACUCCUGUUUACAUUUUCUUAAUUAUCUUCUAAACUGACAAAACUCUGAAUCUCCUGUUGUGUUUGUUUAACCACAGCUACUGUAUCAGCCAAACCAAGGAUGGGAAAAGCAAAUCAGGAGAGUCAAAUUAAAGUUAGUUGUUACAGCGUUGUUACUUCCAUCUGUUUAUGUUGUAUCUACAGGUUGUGGGUGGCACGCUACAAGGAGGAACUUUGCGACCAAGUCCUAGAGUGUGAAGAGGCCUAUCAGAAUGCAGCCGACAGACUGGCAGAAUUGAAGCGGCACUCUGACCUCUGUGUGCUGAGGAGAGCCACGGUAAAGUUUGAUUUAAUACCAGAUACAUUACAGUCUUUUCUGUUUUUAGGUUCUUUAUUAAAGAGAAACUUUAAUUAGCAAUGUUACCGCACUGAAGUUCAAGUAAAUGGCAUAGAUUGUUUGUAGAAUGGACGCCGUCUGCCUCCUCACUGGGUGAAACAAACGCGAGAACAGCACCCUCUGGUGACGGGCUGCAGUAUAGCUCAUAAAUCCCACCUCCUUAAGCAAUCCCCUAUGGAGCUGUGGACAAACUCUAGUGAUUAAUUACACAGAAUAUCAAUUUUUCUCCCCCCUGCUCGCAAUGUUGACAUGUAGUUACUUUAAGACUGGUUUGUGCCUCUCUUUGCGACUCUCACGCCGCAUGCGCACAACGUAACUGCCCAGGUGGUGGUUCCAGGGAGUGGAGAAAAUCCCCGAAAUACCGGGAGCAAUUCUGCUUCAGAUUCAUGUAAUGACGGAAGGCGGAGCCAAACUGUCCAUUGUAUAUAUAGUCCAUGGUAAAUAGUUGCAGAUGACACCAGCUUCACAUAGUCUACAGCUUUGAUUUUGGAGAGGAUAUCUUACUGAGUCUUAUGUAGUCUAUAUCUUUUAUCUUAUGAAGUCAAAUGCUUUUAUUUUGAAGGAGAGUAUCUUUUUUUGCUUUACUUCCCUUUAUACACAUGACAUUUUCCCUGUCCCUGGUAUAUCAGAGGAUAGCACAGCACUUACUUUAUAACAUACAUUAAAUGUAUUUAGAAGUUUUUUACCCAAGUAUACCAAUUAUAUUUUCAAUUUAAACUAAAGAUUAAAAAAAUGUUUAGAACAAAUGAAGAUUUGUUUCAAGAAGUUAUGGACAUUUAGCUGCUGGUAUUAGAAUCAAGUUUAGGAACUACAAGAAUGAGAGACAGUUUUUUACUUGCUUUCUUUUACUUAAAUUUCUUAAAAUCAAGUCAGAAAGUCAGGAAUAAAGUUGAAAUAAGUCUGCUUUUCAGACAGGGAGAACAAAAGUUGGUGUUGAAGGGACUCCCACUCACUGUCUUAAUUAAUCUGAUGUAUUUAAUUAAUUAAAAAUUUGAGAGAAUAUAAAAAGAUGUAAACAAAAUCUGUGUUUCAAAGAAAUUGGAAUAUACAUAAAGCAAGCGUGAGUAGAGCAACAUGAGUAGAGUUCGUCUCUUCAUCCCAAUCUUGGUAUUUAAAAUGAAUUGUGUAUUUUAGCUGCAUUAACUUAUAAGGACAGGUAGUGACUGUUUUUGGUUAAAUUAAUCUUCAAAAUAAUUUUAAAAAAUGGCUGCAAACUUGUGAAAAUGUCCAUCAGGUUAUCGGGAUGACAACAACGGGGGCAGCCAAGUUCCGGAAACUCCUGCAGGAUGUGCGUCCGUCUCUGAUCAUCGUGGAAGAAGCUGCAGAGGUUCUGGAGGCCCACACCAUCACCACACUGAGCGAAGCCUGCCAGCACCUCAUCCUCAUCGGAGACCAUCAGCAGGUACAAAACACACUCAGAGAAAUAAACAGCUCCCCAACUUUGCACCUGUUGUACUUCACAGGCUUGUUCAAGCACACAUGGGUUCUGCGUCACAUGAAGCAUGAUUUGCAGGGCCCUUGUUUGUCUCCUUACGCUGCUACAUAUAAGUACUGCUGUUAUUGUGUGUUAGUAAGUCACACAGUUUGUUAGUUAGUUCUCCUGCAGCACACUGAAACAUGUCUCUUAUGUACUGGCAAUUGAUACGAAAACUGCAAAAAUGUGUCCAAGAAGAUGAGGCGAAUAUGUGAUGGUCACUCUUAACGCUCAUUUAUGCUCACCAUACGUAUGAAAAUGUACACGUCCGUUUCAAACAGUGGUUCCGUCACUGCCCACAUACUUCCAUGUGUCCUUUACGUUGACAUGGAUGUUAACCCUUACAUCCACCAGGGGGCAGGCUGGAGUCAAAAGUUUCUGACGACAACAACAAACAGAAACAAACAUGGCGACUCUGGAGGAGCUAGUGAUAAUGUGUAUUUUGCAUAGAGACAGAAACAGAGGCGGUGUUGGUGGAGGCGGUGGUCGGUCAGGCCGCUAACUGCCUCGUGGAGGACGGAGAAUUCUUUUCUCUAGUAGUUUGAUGAGAGAAAUUGACGACAAUCGUCAUUUUCAGUACUUCAGAAUUUCCUUUCCUUAAAAAGCCCCACAAUUGUCUUCUUUGUUUCUCUCUAGAGAUGCGUAUCGAUUAGUGACAGCAGCAACACUGCCCCCAAGGUUUCCGGUGGUAAUGCUCCGUCGUAAACUUCAAGAAUACACGCAGAAAUAUGGAUGAAAAUAACGCAAAGCACGAAUGAAGAGCUUCAGUCAUAUCCGGAUCCAUAUGUAAAGUUGAGCAUAAACGAGCCUUUACAUUUAGUUAAUAUGAGCACUACCCACUACAAACAAACAGUGAGUCUAGCAUAGAGGGUAGCUGGCGAGCUCACUAUCUUUAGGCUGCAUAUAAAUAUGAAUAAAUAGAUGGAUAUCAAUUCAUGGGAAGUGGAAUAACAAACCGUACAAACUUGUUCGGGUGGCGUCUCAUUAGAUUUGGCCCUAUAAUUUGCGCACUGGUGUUUUUAAUGAGCCAUCGAGCUCUUGAUUGAAAUGACCUCGUUUACAACCCCAGGUAUAAACAUAUAGGAAGGCCCAUCAUCAGGGAUUUUCUGCGUCUGUGUGGUAGUUGGGUGAGAUAUUGCUGGUUGCCUUGAGGGAAACAGCAAACAACAUCCUUUCUAUGCCAGCCGUUACAAGAGCUAGAGACAGUGAAAAGUGAUGAGUGAUAUGCUGGACAUCAGUAGACUAUUGCAACAACUUGUCAGGGCCUGCCAAGGACAUAUGGCCAGGCAGCCUGUCUAGCAAUCUGUGGAGUGCGAUCACAACUACACACAAUUUCAUCACACAUUUCAAUAUUCUGUCCUGGUCUCUUCUUCUUGCUGUGUAACUUCUGUCCACUCUUUUAUAAUAUUUGCUCGUUGCACUGUUUGCGCAUGAAUUUAUGCAUGCAUUUGCCUAUGAAAACAAACCUGACUUAGUUACAGUCGUGCACAGAGUUUUUGCAAGUAUAAGAUUGGAAUUUCAAAUGGAGUUUGACUUGAAAAUUGCAUUUGUUGUCACCCAGGCUUGGAAAUCAAUGAUCAUUUUGGUACACCAGGUCCAUCAGAUUAAUAUGAAAGUAAUUUACCACUGUGCCCCAGGCUCCCUGCUCUGAUUUAUACAAGUGGCUGCAAUUUAAUGUGGCAAACAUGCUAUGACAACAAGUGAAUAAAUCAAAAUGAAAGUUUCUUCAUUUUCUCAAUUAAAGCCAUUACUUUAAAGUAUAUUGAGUGCAGGAGUUGGUAAAAAAUUCUUAAAAGAACAAACAAAAUGAGAUAUUCUGGUGGUAAAAAUACGGCUCAGUUUGUUUGUUUCAUAGCUGAGGCUAUUUGUCAGUACUUGGACUUUACGGACAAGUGUGCCGAGUUUAGUGAAAGUGGAACCCAGACUUGAAUCUGUGCAUGUAAUGGAGGCUGGUGGAUCACACUUUCCUGGUAAAAUAAGCUUUGGCAUUGUUGUGCCGUUCAUUAAUCACAGGUUUGGUGUUGAAUCGGGCAGAACACAAUGCUUCACAUUUAUACUAGAAUUGGUCUUGCCUCCCCCACACCCCUCCCACAUACAUACACAGUCACACUCUGUCCUCUAGCUGAAGCUGGUUUGCAGACACUCACAGUCACUUACCCACACACACACUCACACAAAGAUUUGCAAGCGAAAAUGUAGUGGGACAGCAAAAGAAAGUUAGUGUGCUUGCAUAUAUUUUUUUAUUCUUGUCUAGUCACCCUAAAAGAGAAACCUACAGUUAUUUUAGAUGCUGCUUUUUCCUUCGAGGCUUCCACGUGUAUCAAUAGUGGCUAUCAAGGGAUAACAUAUAGUGAGCAGGUUGUCAAAGCAGAGUGAAACAAGAUGAGUGGGACUCGAACACAGAGUUGGGUCUUUUCUCACUCUAAAGGAUUUCCUCCAUUACACACUGCCCGUAAAAAACAAAAUCAGAGCAAAAUCGACUUCUUUCUCUGCAUUGAUAUAAUAAGAAUUCAUCAAUCUGUGAAUGGAUUCAGGCCUGGCAUCAGCCUGUUCCUCUGACCAACACUAUGAUAUUAAAGAAUUGUGUAUUAGCUGUUAUUAUUUAUUGUCAUGCUGUUAUUAUUUUAGUUAUUCUAAGUUAUUUUAGCGUCCCCUUUAGAAUAUGGAGCCAUCUUGUUUCCGCCUCCGAUUUUGCAGCAUUACUUAUAACUGUGCAGCAUCAAAUAGUUGAUUCUAAUUGGUCAAAACCCCCUUGACUGGUAAUGAUUAAACCGCUACCUAUUGUUCGUAAGAGGAAAACGCCACCUUCUGGUAGCACCAUCAGAUGCUAUUUUACAUAUCACACUCAAUUUAUUUGUGAUUUAUUAGUGAUUCAUGGCUGACCAGUCGCCAGCAGAGAGAAGGUAUUUGAAGACAUCAAACAAAUCAAAGAAAACAAACUAAAAGCUACCAAAAGCCACGGUGUCGGGUUUGGUGGUAUCAAAGGGCAGAUUGAGUGGAAAGAAAGUGCUAACAGAAAGUUACAGGAGCUUUAUAUUGGGGCUGCUAUUAUCCUCCGCCCUUCUGAGGGGGUCUUCAAUAUUAAAAUAUUGAACCCCCCCCCCAAUAAAUAAAUAAAUAAAAAAAAUAGAUUAAUGAAUGAAUAAAUACAUUAAAAAAAUUCUCUAAGCCCCAAGAAAUAAGAAAAACAGCAAUGUAUAUUCCUCCAUCGGUAAUAAUUUGUAAAAUCUUCGGUAUUUGAAGCAUUUAACAAACACAAUUAUUAUUCUUUCAGCUGCGCCCCAGUGCCACAGUCUACGACCUUGCCAGGAACUACAGUUUGGAGAUGUCCAUGUUCGAGAGGCUGGUGAACAUGAAAGUCCCAUUUGUCAGACUCAACUACCAGGUUUGAGUUUUCCUGGCUAUUAAUUUGUCAUCUGAUCACAUAAUCAAUCAAUCAAAAAGAUGAAAGUGAAGCACUAAAAAAAACAGUUUGUGUACUUUAAAUAAUGCCCGGUUCUGUUUUCAUGGUGGAAUGCUUGUUUUAUUUGUGUUUGUGUUUUCGUGUAUAUUUCAGCAUCGUAUGAGGCCAGAUAUUGCCCGUCUGCUGACCCCACACAUCUACUCAGAACUGGAGAAUCAUCCCUCUGUGUUGGAAUAUGAAAACAUCAAGGUGUGUUGCAUUUGCUCUCCUGUGUCUCCCCUACACUUUUAAUGCAGUAAACAUCAUCAAACAUGAUCUGCACUGCUGGAAAGUCGGUCAUGCUAUAAAGGUUUAAAUACACCUGAGCUCUCAUCACAAUAGCGCCCGAGUCACUAGCCAGACUCUUCUCCUUUGUUGUCCCCUGGUGGUGGAAUGUAUUCCCCAACUCCGUUCAGUCUCUUUCUACCUCUAAGAUAAGCUCUUAUGGGAAAACCCACACACUGAUGCAAAGCUCUUCUCCCAGUGGUAGAAUGAUGUUUCCAACCACAGUCCUUUUCUACAUCUGGGAAACUUUUUGCCUAGCUUGAACAACUCAGCGCUUGGUAGUUUGGUGCUUGAUAAAUAAAUAAAUAUAAAAUAGUCACCAAUUAUGUGUUAACCAAAUGUUGUCUUACAGGGCCUUGACACCAAUUUGUUCUUUGUGGAGCACAACCAUCAUGAAGAAAACAUCCAAGAUGGAAAAAGCCAUAAGAACAAGCAUGAGGCAGAGUUUGUAGUUGCUCUUUGUCGCUACCUUCUCAAUCAGGACUACAAACCAGAGCAAAUUACCAUCCUCACCACCUAUACAGGCCAACUCCUGUGUCUGCGCAACAUCAUGCCUGCGAGUCAGUUCAAUGGGGUCAAAGUGCAUGUAGUGGACAAGUACCAAGGGGAGGAGAACGACAUUGUCUUGUUGUCUCUGGUCCGCAGCAACCCGCAGAACAAAGCUGGCUUUCUGAACAUAGCCAAUCGCGUCUGUGUGGCCUUGUCUCGAGCCAAGAAAGGUCUUUACUGUAUUUGCAACAGUACAAUGCUGGGAAAAGUCAAACUGUGGAGCAACAUCUUCGACACCUUGAGGGAAAAAGACCAAAUUGGCAAAGCUCUGACCUUGCGCUGCCAGAAUCACCCAGAUAAAGAAAUAUCAGCGUCCUCCGCCAAAGAUUUCAAAGACGCCCCUGAGGGGGGCUGCACCCUGCCUUGUGAGUACCGCUUGAAUUGCGGCCACGUUUGCGCAAGAGUCUGCCACCCUUACGACCCUGAGCACAAGAAGUACAGGUGCAGGAAGGCCUGCCCUAAGACUUUGUGUGAACUUGAACACAGGUGCCCAUUGGAGUGCUACGAAGAAUGCCCAAAGAAAUGCACAGUGCUGGUUGAGAAGAUCAUACCCCAGUGUCAGCACAAACAGAUGGUCCCUUGCUUCCAAAACCCAGAAACAUUCACAUGCAAGGAGGCCUGCCAGAAGCUGCUCAAGUGUGGGCACCCAUGCGACACAUGGUGUGGGUUGCUAUGCACCAGCAAAUGCAAGGUGAACGUCACUUUAGAGCUAAGUUGUGGCCACAGAGCACAGGGUGCCUGCUAUUACAGAACGGUGCCAGAAGAGCCUGAGUGCAACACUCCUUGUGAGCAUCAGCUAAAAUGUGGCCACAUCUGUCGCGGUACAUGCAGCAGGUGUUCUCAGGGAAGGUUCCACUGCUCAUGUUCUCGCAAGUGUGAGCGCAUCUUAAUCUGCUCCCACAAAUGCAGUGAGCCUUGCACUCGAGAUUGCCCCCCCUGUCGGAGAAAGUGCGAGAACUGCUGCAUUCACAGCAAGUGCAACAAGCUGUGUGGAGAGCCCUGUGCUCCGUGCAAUGAACCCUGCGCUUGGCAGUGCCCUCACCAAAGCUGUACCAAACUUUGCCAUGAGCCAUGCGAUCGUCCGCCGUGCACUGAACCCUGUGACAAGACCCUGAGCUGUGGUCACCCAUGCAUAGGUCUUUGCGGGGACAAAUGUCCCAGCAAAUGUCGUGUCUGUGAUCACGAAGAGGUCACUGAGAUCUUCUUUGGUACAGAGGAUGAUCCUGAGGCCAGCUUCAUCCAGCUAGAAGACUGUGGACACAUCAUUGAAUACACAGCCAUGGACACAUACAUGGGAAUGGAUGUCGACCAGCAGGCAGAUGACAGAGAGAAGGUCGUGAUCAAACUGAAGGAAUGUCCCAAGUGUAAAACUCCCAUCCGCAAGAACCUACGCUAUGGAUCUCACAUCAACAGCAGCCUGGCUGAGAUAGAGAUGGUGAAGGUGAAGAUAAAUGGAGAUCAGGCCGAUUUGACAGAGCACAGGUUGAUGCUUAAAAACCAGUGGGUAGUAAACUAUCCUAAUUGCAAAGUGCUUGAUGAAAAAGCGUGUAUGUACAUUGCGGCAUGCCUUGAAAAGGACAAUCUCACAGUAAAUGACUUGUCGGUCCUAGAGAACAAGAUGGACUUCCUUCAGAGAAUCGCAAAACUGAUGAAAUUCCAAAAAGAAAUACUGCCCAUCACAGAGAGCUACAAACUUAAAAAGAGAAUGGAGGAGUUUGUGAGCUUUCUCAACCACAGACAGCAAAGAUUCACAGAGCAGCAGGUCUUCGAUUUGCAGAGAGAGCUGAGAAGACUCACUCUCCUGACUGAACUCCGCAUCCGUUACAGCCAAGCUCAGGCGAGAGGACAAAGCGGCAAAAUCAAGUCAGAGGUGGUGGCAAUGAAAGCAGCUCUUAAAAAGUCAGGCCAGUUCACAGAGCAAGAUGAAGACAGGGUCAAGAAAAUGAUGAAGGAACUAGACACCAAGGUUCCAGCCACAGGCUUGAUGAUUAGCGAGGAGGAGAGGAAAAUGAUCGUCUCAGCCAUGAAAAUGCGGCAGGGACACUGGUACAAAUGUCCAAACGGCCAUGUCUAUAUCAUAACUGAGUGUGGAGGAGCUAUGGAGAGUCGGCGCUGUCCUGAUUGUGACGCCGUCAUCGGUGGAGCCAGUCACAGACUGGCGAGCGGUAACCAAGUGGCUUCUGAGAUGGAUGGGGCACAACACGCUGCGUGGUCUGAACAAAACAACCUUCUCAACUUUGGAGAAUUCAACAACUGAGAGAAUCCUUGAAGCCUUUACGAACUUACAAGUUCAUUUCAAAGUGCAGGAGGUUGUUCGUUUCGUGUAACGCUUGCUUUAACUAAUGCUGGAUCAGAGGGGAUCACGACUGAAAUUAGUGCACUGUAAAAUUACAGUGUAGUCACACAUUUCACUCUGCAACUAUUUAGUUGUAUGAUGAAUGGACGACGCAGAUCUGUGUUUUUUUGUGUGUAAAAUUGAUUGAAACACUGGCUAACUGUUUGAGGCACUUGGUUUCUGUUUAUUUUGCAGGUUCUUGAUUCCAAAUUGUUCGUGUUUUCCUAUCUUCACAAAAAUUGUUUUGUUGUUAAGUUCAUGCACUGAAGAGCUUUACUAAGCCAUAGAAAAUUAUUUUAAAAGUUAGAAAAGACUGUCUUCCUUCAGAAAUGUUCAAGACUUUGUGUCUGUAACUGCUGUUCCUUGCCUAAACAACAGGUGGC